AAGGGGCGUGGAGGUUUGGCUUGGUUUCACUCUGUGCUCAGUCUUGUGGAUCAACAACUGUGGAAGAUUAGGAACUCUGACAGGAGGCUUCAAAGAAAACCAAAGGCUCGGAACAAGGCUCUUUGUGGUUUGGUGCCUUCCUGACUUGGACAGAGCUCUAUUUGGAGGGAGUAUUGAACUUAAACGGUCAUUCAAGUGACAGUCGCUCAAGUGACUUUUUUCUUGGUGAGAGACUUUCUUUCCCACUCAAAACCUCCAGCGUUACCAGGGAGUGUACCUGGGGAUGGAUCCAGAAAAGGCUCAAAUAGAAACGGCCAUGCUGAGGGGUGAGGACCAAUGUGCGCCAGCGUCUCCUGGUGGGGGGAACCGCGCGGAGACGAAGAGCACAUGCAUCGAGAUCUCCAACUGUCACCUGGUCUCCGCGUCGCUCUGCAAGGACCCUUACUACAGACGGCUGGCCAUCAGCAGCAUCGUGUGUGGGCUCUCCUGCAUCGGCAUCAUGUCCCUCAUCUACUCAGUACAGGCCAAAGAAGCGACAAAUCCUGAAAAGUCACAGAAGCUCUCCAAGCAAGCGAGGAAAUACGGCCUUAUUUCCAUCGCGGUGUGGGUGGCAAUAUUGCUCAUCUUCCCUGCCUUGCUGGUUCUGGUUUCAUACGUGUUGACUUUUAUCGACUGAAGCAGGAGAGCCCUACACGAGUAAAGACUGAAGAGAGCAGCCCAUGAAACAACCCAGACACAAGGUCUGGGAAAUGGGCUAGCAUGAGUAACUGGUUUAGUGGUAGCCCACUCCAGAACCACUCAGGGUCACGUGACAUGCCAAGGUCAACUUUUUUUACCGUUUUAAUAUUUUUUUUUAAUAAUUGUAUACGUUUGUUUUUGUAAUGCUAAUAUUUUUUAUAUAUGUACUAUUUAUUUUGUUAUAACAUAAAAAAAAGAGUAAUUUUGCCAUGUAUGUUUCAUUAUCCCCAACCUCUUUCGAGUUCACAAUUGAACAGAGCUGCAAAUGUUUUGAAUAAAUUAAGUGUAAAAGAAAUGUAUAUAUAUAUAGAAAUUUGUUUUUAUUAGGACUUUCACAAAACAAUUCACAACCUCUGACGAAGGUGCUUAUUUGUUGCAACAACAUUCCACAAUAAAACUUUUCCUGUAUCUUUGCAUUGCUUAUGGGUUUUCUAUAUUUCUGACAUAUGUUCACCGUUGUAUAUCCAAAAAUGUAAAAACCAAAACAUGUACACGAAAGCACAUCUACCCCUCCAAGAUUACAUCCAACAAACCCAUAUAUUGUGCUCUUAUUUACCUCAGGUUAAAACUUAAACGACAACGAUGUUGAAAUCCGCUUUCAGAAGUGAAAGAAAACACAAACACGAACAAAACAGACAUUGUACAAAUAUUACAGUUAAGGCAAUCCCAUGGAAAUUGGGCAAAGGCAAACACCUUUGUAUGUUUUAACAUAUAAAUACCACAGGUACGACGAUGGAGAGUAAUAGAUUUAUAGAGUUAUAGAAAAGUCAGGCGAAAGUAUGUUCUUCAGUGCUGGGUUACCACUUUAUACAAAAACCUCUAGCUGCUUAAUAUUAUACAGAUAGAUAUUUAAUAUAUUGUUCCUUCACUUGCCCUGAUUAACAUAAUUUACAUUUUCAUUUACAUUUUGCAUCGCAUGCUACUGAGGAGACUAG